CUACAAUUGAAAUUGACAUUGUCAAGAAUAGUCCUCAAGAAGAAGUGUCAGACAGUCAUCCAAGAGUACUCAAUGUGGAAAUCGACUUUGAAAAUAGUGCAGACAAUAAUCAACCGCCAUUACCAGAACCCGAGGAAAAUCAACCACCAAACACUGAUGAAGAACCACCAGUUGAAACAAUUGAUGAGCCAUAUCCAGUGGUUGAACAACCCGAAGAGAAACCAGAAGAGGAACAACCACAAUCUGAAGAAACUGGAGAACCACUUGAAGCAGUUCUCAAGUCAAAGAGUAAUGAACUGAACAAAGUUCUACUAGAGAUGUAUCCUGAACUGCAAAGCAAAUUUGACAAAUAUAAAAAAGGAGUUAAUGCAUGCUACGACACACAUGUCACCGCAAACCUUUCAGUUAACAUUUUCCAGGAUAAGGUCAACAGCAUUAUUGAGAAGUUUUUUAAAGAAACUGACAAUUCUUUCAAAAAUGCUUCACAAGCCGAAAUUGAAGAACGAGUUCAAGUGGUGGUGGAGAAUUUUCACGAACUGGCGGAGCUUCUGCUCAAGUGUGCCCAACAGCACGCCAAGGGGAAGCCGACCAUGAAGCUAGGCCUCUCGGAGAUAUCUUUCUACAGUCACCAAGAGACCAAAACCCGACUCUUCAGCCACCCUCAAUCCGCCUCACCCGAACCACCGCAGUUGGCCCCUGGCGAGGAGCGCAUCUUUCAGACGCUGGGCCGACACGAGCCAGAUUUUUCUAAGGAGAGGAACCUUUCCGCCCUGGCGCCCAAGUUUCGCACUUUCUGCAACAUUAAGCCAAUCGCCGGCGACAAACCGAUUCCGCGUGAGUUCAACUGGGUCCAGCAGACCUUCGUCUCGCCGGUGGUGAACCAGGGCUUCCAGUGCGACGCCGGCUACGUCAUGGCCGCCACGGCCGCCCUCGAGUCGCAGUACAUGAUGCGGACGGGGGAGAAGCGAAAGCCGACCAUUCUCAGCGCCCAGGCGACGCUGCACUGCAUGGCGGGCGGGUGCAAGGGCGGCUCGCUGGCCAGCCCCAUUCGCUUCAUGGUGAAGCACGGAGCUCCGCUGGCCGGCCUCGCCCCCUACACCGGCUCCGCCAGCCAGUCGCAGUGCUACACCGGCUACCCGUACGCCGUCCAGGCGGAGGACACCUGCUUCUUCAGCUGGCUCAAGGAGGCGGAGAUGCAGCGGCUGGUGCUGCGCAACGGGCCGGCCAGUGUGCCGCUGGACGCCUCCGCCCGCGACUUUCGCUACCUCAAAAACUCGCCCUACCUAGGGCCGUGCAGCUCAAAGCGGACCAACCACGCGGCGCUUCUCGUCGGCUGGACGGCCCAGUACUGGCUGAUCAAAAAUAGCUUUGGUGAGAACUGGGGCACCAAGGGCUACCUCUACCUGCCCCGAGGCCAGAGCCAAUACACCAACAAGUGCGGCAUUCAGACUGAUUUUGCGCAGCCGAUCAUUCGCUCCAUCAAGACGAAAAAGCAGUGGCUGAAGAGUGUUUAG